ACGGUACUCGUUGAGCAAAAAAAAAUUGCGGCCUCUUCUUCUUCUCCUUCGCCGCGCUGUGCUGCAAUAAGAAUCGGGAAAACCACAUUAAUAACGCUGAAAAGUGCACAAAUCGGCUUUAAAAUUAUUGCCCAAGUACUAGUGUUAAUUCUAGAACGCGUAAUUUAUAAAAUUCGGAACGCAUUAAGGUUUUUCACAAGGCCAACAAGAACUGUAAGGAGGCAUAGGACAAGUGCGAUUACCUUUCAAUGGCCGCCACUACAACAACAACAACCACAACACUAGCAACAACCACCGGCAAUUGCAACACCAACAACAAUAGCAAUAGCAACAGCACCAACAACAAUAACAAUAAUAACAACAACAACAUAGUAACGGUACACGCCGUACUAAAUACCCCACCCACCAGCAUUGCAGCCUCAGCGACUGCCGAUCCCGCCACCGUUGCCAUUGCCAAGGACAUGUUGCAGCUGCAUCACGGUGCAGCAACAGCAGCAGCAGCAGCGGCGGCUCUAAACAAUAACAACAACAACAGCACCAGCACCACCACCACCAGCAGCAGCAGCAAUAGCGCAGCCGAGCUGACUAGCAAUAGCAACAAUAAUUCAGCAAACCACCCACCUGCUAACACCACCACCCCCUCCGUCGUUGCCUCCUCCUCAUCAUCAUCAUCCGCCUCCUCCUCGCCGCCAUAUGGAGAGCUGCGCUUCAAUCAAGAGGUUCUGCCCAUUACGGACACCGUAACUGUCAUUGGACGCAACUCCUCCACCUCGCUGGUGCACUUUAAUGUCGCGGAGAACAAUCUGGUGUCGCGGAAGCACUUUCAGGUGAUCUACAACACCGAGUUGCACGCCUUCUUUGUCCAGUGCCUCAGCAAGAAUGGCAUCUUUGUGGACGACUUCUUGCAGCGCCGCAACGUCGAUCCAUUGCGGUUGCCCCAGCGAUGCUACUUCCGAUUCCCCAGCACGGAGAUUCGAAUCGAGUUUGAGAGUUAUGUGCCGCCCGCCCCAUCCGAUGUUGCCGGACAUUCGCCAUCUCUUGUUGUGGGCGGUGGUGGUGUUGGACCCGGUACCAAUGUCAUAAUAACACCGCCGCCCCGAGACGAUUUGCAGCAGCAGCCGCAACUCCAUCAUCCCCAUCAACAGCUACAGCAGCAGCUGCAACAACACUCGCACCAACAGUCUGCGCACCACCUGACGCUGCAGCAACAGCAACCAGCGCACCACCCCCUCCCGCAUGCAACACACCACCCGCUUCACCACACAGCCCUACAGCAGCAGCAGCAACAACGUGGCGGCAAUAUUGUCGCAGCACCUCCCCAAGGAGCAGCUGCCCACCUAAUCGCUGCCACGGACGGCCCUGGGAUCUAUUCGCCCCUCAAGAUAUCCAUACCCAAGAAGGAGCAGAAAAGCCCCUACCUGUCACCAACUGGUACAAUAAGCGCUGCCAACAGUUGUCCGGCUAGUCCACGUCAGGGAUUCAUCCAGAAUCAGCCCAAUAAUUACAACAACUACAGUAACAACAACACGCAGGAGCUGUUCCAGACGCCCUCCACAGCCAGCUACAAUCAUAACGAGAAGCCGCCGUACAGCUACGCCCAGCUGAUUGUCCAGGCCAUAUCCGCCGCUCCGGACAAGCAACUGACGCUCUCGGGCAUUUAUUCGUUCAUUGUCAAGCACUACCCGUACUACCGCAAGGAGACAAAUAAGGGUUGGCAGAAUUCCAUACGUCAUAAUCUCAGUUUGAAUAGGUACUUUAUAAAGGUGGCACGAUCCCAGGACGAACCAGGCAAAGGCUCCUUUUGGCGCAUCGAUCCCGACAGCGGCGCCAAGUUGAUCGACCACAGCUAUAAGAAGCGUCGUCAGCGGAGCAGCCAGGGCUUCCGUCCGCCCUACGGCAUGCCCCGAUCGGCACCAGUUUCGCCCAGUCACAUGGAUAACUCACGCGAGAGCUCCCCACUGCAGGAUAUAGUGCUACAAUCUGCCCCUGGAUCACCGGGAUUGUCGCUGGAACAGCGUGCCAAUGAUGCGGCAGAAAUCAUCUACAACUCCCAGAAUGCACACCAGCAGCAGCAGCAGCAGAGCCAGCAACCACAGCAGCAACAGCAAACGCUGUCCAAUAAUUCCAAUCAGUACAGCAGCGGCAGUCCGUACUAUAUAACCAAUCAAAACUCCAACGCGCCUGUGGCCCAGGCGCAUGUGGAGGGAAGUGGCGGUAAUGGUGGUGUGGGAGCUCUGAUUGCUGUCAAGCGGAACCAUGUGAUGCACCAGCAACAGGCGGUGGCGCAGCAACAGCAGCAGCAGCAGCAACAACAGCAUUCAGAGAUUAUAUACGAGGAGGUGCCGACCGACUAUAGUGGUCAUAUUGAGGCAAGCGAGGAAGAGUGCGUUACUACUGCCAGCGAGGCCACCGUGCCCAAGCGACCCAAGUACGUGUCCGAGGUACUCUGAUGCGUGCGGAUCCAGAAGCACCGGCAGAAUAAGGGCAAAUAGUGAGCCCAUGGGCAGAGAAAUGAUUAGAAAGCAAAACAAAAAGUAUCUCCAUCUUGUAUAUUGAAUUUGCCAAUACCAUACCCCCCUUAAAAAACACACACAAAAAAGAAACAAAUCCCCAUAAGACACAACAACACACACCACAAACAAACAAAAAAAAAUAAAAGAAAAUAUGAUUAUGCGAAUCAAAGCAAAGGGAGAAUUGUAUAAAUUGAUAUGAAAUAUUUUACAAGUAAAAACUGUGAGAUUGUGUUUAAGAACAAGUUGGCCGUACCGACCGUUCAACGGCGGCAGAAAAAACAACACGACAUGCAACACUUUUCGAAAUUCGAAAUCCCCCAGAUUCGAAGAUACGAUUUAAAAAGAAAAAAAACUAAAGAACCCCUUAAAUCUGACGAAUUCAAUAUGCUCGAUGACGCUACUCUCUAAGUAAUAUAUUAAAUUUUAAGUUAAAAGCAAGGUAAAGCAGCAAACAAAGCAAAAUUAUAUAGAUAUAUACGAUUGAUUAUUGUAAUGAUUGAUGAUUGAUGAUUGAUGUUUAAGAUGUUAUAGCUAUGUGACCGAAUUGUAAGAAAAGCGUGAGAAAAAUUGGGGCAAAAAAUCAUGUAACAAGGAACCCCAACCAACCACACAAGUAACAAACAAACAGGCGAAUGAAUAUUAUUACCUAUCUACAUACCUUUACCUAUAUCGAUUUAAAUAUAAUAUAUAUAUAUAUAUAUAUAUAAAUAUAUAUAUAUAAAAAAAAAUAUUAAAAUACAA